AUGCCUGGUGCCGUGUGUGAAAUUAUUGAUGAUAUUGAAGAUUUAAUAUCUUCUCAGGAUAUUACACCCAAAGAAAGAUAUGCUAGCAGAAAGAAUGUUAGUGUAAGAUCCAAAAAACGAGAAAAUGUCAAAGAAAAUGAACCUGUUGAGAAGAUAGUGCUUGAAAGUGUUGUACCAGGAACACAAACAAUCUAUGUCAAGACAUGGGGCUGCGCUCACAACAACUCAGAUUCAGAGUACAUGGCUGGGCUGCUAGCGGCACAUGGUUACCGACUCACGGAGGAUAAAUGGCAGGCACAGCUGUGGCUGCUCAACUCUUGCACAGUUAAGAGUCCAGCUGAAGAUCAUUUCAAGAAUGAAAUAGAGCUGGGUCAGAGCCGUGGCAUACACGUGGUAGUGGCAGGCUGCGUGCCGCAAGGAGCUCCGCGCGCCUCCUACUUGCACGGCUUGAGUGUGGUCGGAGUGCAGCAGAUAGACAGGAUCGUGGAGGUUGUCGAGGAGACAUUAAAAGGUCAUACAGUCCGUCUUUUCGGCCAGAAGAAAACCGGCGAGGGUCGUAAAGCUGGUGGUGCAUCUCUUUUAUUGCCUAAAGUACGAAAAAAUCCGCUAAUAGAGAUCAUCCCGAUCAACACAGGGUGUUUGAAUCAGUGCACCUACUGCAAAACUAAGCACGCAAGAGGGGAGUUGGGUAGUUACCCCCCGGAGGAGAUUGUUGAGAGGGCGAGGCAGUCGUUCAAAGAGGGCGUUUGUGAGAUUUGGUUGACGAGCGAGGACACCGGCACAUACGGACGGGACAUUGGCACUUCGCUGCCAGAACUCUUGUGGCAGUUGGUGAAGGUGAUCCCUGAGGGCUGUCGGCUUCGUCUCGGCAUGACCAACCCACCUUAUAUUCUGGAGCAUCUGGAGGAAGUAGCCAAGAUCAUGCACCAUCCUAGAGUCUAUAAGUUUCUCCACGUUCCCGUGCAGUCCGGCAGCGACCAGGUGCUGUCCGAUAUGAAGCGCGAGUACACGUGUGCCGACUUUGAACGGGUCGUCGACUUCCUUACACACAAGGUGCCAGGUAUGACGAUCGCGACAGACAUCAUCUGCGGCUUCCCCACCGAGACGGAGAAGGACUUUGAGGACACGAUGGCGCUCUGUAGGAAGUACAAGUUCCCCUCGCUUUUCAUCAACCAGUUCUUCCCCAGACCUGGCACCCCCGCUGCAAAGAUGACCAGGGUACCUGGCCAAGAAGUCAAGAAACGUACAAAGAUUCUCUCGGAUUUUUUCCGUUCGUACGAGCCGUACGGACACAAGGUCGGCCAAAUGCAAGAGGUCCUCGUGACUGACAUCUCCCACGACAAGAACUAUUACGUCGCCCACAACGAAUUCUACGAACAGGUUCUGGUACCCAAAGAGGAGAAGUACAUGGGCAAAAUGCUCACAGUCAGGAUAACAAGCGCGACGAAAUUCUCUAUGGUGGGGCAGCCCAUAGACAAGCCCAAGAUGGCGGGACUCACGCAACCGCUGAAGAAAGGCGAGGUGUCCGGCUUACACCAGAAGGAAGCCAAGAUAAUGCCCUUACCGAUCUUCUGCCUAUUGGUCGCUGUUGUCGUCAGAUUGAUAUGGAUAUUUUUAUAG